GCCCCUGCCCCUGCCCCUGCCCGCCGGGCUGCUGCAGUCGCCGCGGCCCGUGAUGAAGAAGCAGGCGGUGAAGCGGCACCACCACAAGCACAACCUGCGGCACCGCUACGAGUUCCUGCAGGCGCUGGGACGGGGCACGUACGGCAAGGUCAAGGCGGCGCGCGAGCGCUCCGGCAGGCUGGUUGCUAUCAAAUCGAUCCGGAAAGACAAAAUUAAGGAUGAGCAGGAUCUUGUCCACAUCCGGAGGGAGAUCGAGAUCAUGUCGUCCCUCAAUCACCCCCACAUCAUUGCUAUCCAUGAAGUGUUUGAAAACAACAACAAGAUCGUCAUUGUGAUGGAAUAUGCCAGCAAAGGAGACCUGUACGACUACAUCAGCGAGCGGCAGAGGCUGACGGAGCAGGAGGCACGGCACUUCUUCAGGCAGGUUGUGUCUGCCAUCUACUACUGUCACAAGAAUGGGAUUGUUCAUAGAGACCUGAAGCUGGAAAACAUCCUUCUUGAUGCCAGUGGCAACAUCAAGAUAGCAGACUUUGGUCUGUCUAAUGUCUACCAGCAAGACAAAUUCCUGCAGACCUUCUGUGGCAGCCCUCUUUAUGCAUCCCCUGAAAUCGUCAAUGGGCGGCCGUAUAAAGGACCGGAGGUUGACAGCUGGUCCCUUGGCGUUCUCCUCUACAUCUUGGUCCACGGGACGAUGCCCUUUGAUGGACAAGACUACAAGACCCUGGUCAAGCAGAUCACCAGUGGGGACUACAGAGAGCCCACCAAGCUAUCGGAUGCCAGCGGCCUGAUCCGAUGGAUGCUAAUGGUAAACCCAGAGCGCAGAGCCACCAUUGAGGACAUUGCUAGCCACUGGUGGGUGAACUGGGGCUACAAGGUGCCCAUCGGGGAGCAGGAAUCGAUGCGGGAGAACGAGUCCCCGCUGGCCACGGUGGCAGACUGGCUCCGGCGCUCCUCCCGGCCUCUGCUCGACAACAGCUCCAAGGUGCGCUCCUUCUUCAAGCAGCACAUCCCUGGCGUCACGCUGGAGAGGCAGCGCUCGCUCAAGAAGUCCAAGAAGGAGAACGACGUCUCCCAUGCGCUGCAGGAGGUGGCUGCGGUCCCCGACACCCCCUCCAAGUCCAUCCUGAAGAGGCCGAAGGGGAUCCUGAAGAAAAGGGGUGUCUGCGAACAGAAAGCCCAGGCCCCCGUCCCUCAACCAGUGGCUGAUGAUGCGAGGAGUGAGGAAGGCGAGAUGCAGACCGCCGACCUGGUUCAUAUCCUGUCCUCCAGGACACUGGCCUGCAGAGUGGACGGUGGCACAGCUGCACCGGUGCCCAAGAAGGGAAUCCUCAAGAAGUCCCCGAAACGUGAAUCUGGGUACUACUCCUCCCCAGAGCACUGUGAAUCGGAGGAGCUCUUGGACUCGGAGGCCUUGGACCUCAAUGCUGAUGUCUUCAGCAGUCCCUCUCCCGGCCGUAACCCCGAGGGCCUGCCCCUGCGGAGGAAGGGUAUCCUAAAGCACAAUGGGAAGUACUCUUCCUGUGGCACGGAGCCAGACAGCCGCCUCGUCAAGGCUUUUGGGUCCUUCAGUGAGGCACCUCUUCCCAAGCUCCCGCUGGGGUCCCGGGCCCACCCGUCCAGCGCCGUGAGCGAGGACAGCAUCCUCUCCACCGAGUCCUUUGACCAACUGGACCUGCCUGACAGGAUGCCGGACAGUGGCAGCAGCAUGCGUGGCUGCGUCUCUGUGGACAACCUCCUCCAGCUGGAGGAGACGGAGGAGUCGGGGCACAGACUGCGCCGCUGGACGGUGACGCACUGCCAGAGCCCCCUCGGGGAAAGCUGCUUCUCCUUGGCGGACUGUGAGAACGUCACCGAGGUCUACAAGCGGGCUGUGGGCAUCAGCAUGAAGCUCAGCUGAGCCCCCUGCAUCCUCCCUGCGAGCUCUGAGCCUGACUCUUGCCAUAGAUUCCCCUCCAUGGGAAUGUGACUUUUUUUUUUUUCCUUUUCCCUCUGUGGAGGAGGUGACUGUCUUGAGUUCCCCUCUGAGUAGGGGGAUGCAGGUUGGAAGUGCUGCUGUGACACCCUCAAAGUAUUUAUUUGCAUCCUUGUACUCUGCCUCGGUGGAAGGUGCGGUGCGGGGGAAGAUGUCUUGGCAAAGAGCCGGGCAGCUCCCUGCGGUGUAACAGGGUACAGACAGACGUGGGUUUUGGAGGAAAUGCCUCUUGCUUGCAGGAGAGGGGAUGGAGA